AUGGCGGGAGACAAAGCGGCCUCCCCGCGGCGGCCGCUGACCCUGGACCAAGUGGAACCGGGCAGCGAGAACGAGCGGCUAGGGGUAGCCCGGGACAGCAUGUUGUGCAACCCGCUCAUUCUCAAGCCAGAGGUGGGGAAGCCCCAGAGAAACUGCUACACACUGCCAGCCUUGGAUUUUGCCUAUGGGCUGUACAUCCAGAGAACAGAUGGAGGAGUCCCUGAAGCCAUAGGCAGCUGGGACACAGUCAAGCCCAGGAGAGCUUCAGCUCGGGACAUGCCUCGAGACUUCCUCACCAUGAACCGUGGUGCCCUCAGGGCUGGCUGCACCACUGCCAGGGACUUCAAUCUCUACUACAAGGCCAAGGACCUGAGGUGCAAGGAGGAGGAAUACAACCACCUGCAGAGGAGCUCCCCCAAGCUCCCUGCAGCCUUCACCUUUGGCAUCCCACCACGGCCUUCUACUCCCAUUUUUGACCUCCUCCAACACAAAUACAAGGAGCUGUGGAUGGAACAGCAGAGAGCCCUGACAGUAGCCCAGCGAGUGGCAAAGAAAAAGAGUCGAAAAGACAAAGUACGUGAGACCCGCACCACGCUGCUGAGGAGGGAGCCAGAGCCUGCAAAGGAGGAGUCCUUCUGGCACCUGCCCCGUUUGGAGAAGGUUGGGCCUCAUCUCAGCACUUUUCCAGUCCGUGAUGCUCAUAAAAAGGCAGCCAGUGCCUCCCACUGA